AUGGCAGGAAUAGCUAGUCCAUUAUCACUUUCACCCGUGCCUUCGACUCGAGGAAAUCCAAGACCUCCAGCUCAGAGACAUGCUUCAAGUUCAGGAGGUGGUGGUAAGACUACGCCGAGGGUUUUCGACGUAGGGACUGCUUACAAGAAAGCUAUAGAGGAUGACAAGGUACCUCAUCCUAUAGCUGCCAUUUUAGCCCUUGUGGAAUUGGUCGAAGCUUCCACAGCCUCAACCGUAACGGGACUAGCGUCAGAACUUACCAUAGGUAGACAAGCGUUGAUCAAUUCGCAAUCCAGUUUAGGUGUAAGAGCCGGGUGCCAAUUAUGGGAAAGGUUUUUCGCUUUAUCAAUGGGAGGAGAGGACUUUCCUUCAUAUAAAAGAUCAUUGAUAUCUCAAGGACGUUCAUUCUGCGCUAUAACAGCACCUCAAUGUAGAGAGAAGAUCGCCGAACUUGCUGUUGGGUUCUUAAGAGAUGAUUGUGUCAUCCUCACACAUAGUUACUCCAGAACAGUCAUUCAAACUAUCUUGAGAGCUCAUAAACAACAUAAACGUAUCAGGGUCUAUGUUACAGAGGCUAGACCAGGUUGUUUAGGAAUGCGAACCCAUCAAGUUCUCACCGCUAAUGGAAUACCAUGUACCGUUGUACUCGACAGUGCAGUAGCGUAUGUGAUGGAAAGGGUUGAUAUGGUAUUAGUUGGUUCUGAAGCUGUUGUAGAGAGUGGAGGCCUGGUAUCGUCUGUUGGCACAUAUCAAGUGGCAUUAGUUGCAAAAGCAAUGCAAAAACCAUUUUACGCUUUAGCAGAAUCAUAUAAAUUUUUAAGACAUUAUCCAUUAUCACAAACUGAUUUGCCUAUAACGACAAAAUCCAAAAUUCCAUUAGAAUUCCCAACUUUAAUACCUAAUUCACAUCCACCCGCCAUAGGUGCACAUAAUCCUUUGAGCAGACCGACGAGUUCAACUCCACAAUCACGAUCACCGAUAGUCCCAGGUACUCCAAAUGUGGAAGCUGCAGGAGGAGUGAAAGAGAAUAGAGUUGAAAUGACAAAGGAAAUGGAAUUGAUCAAUCCAAUGGUAGAUAUAACUACUCCAGAUUUAAUAGAUUUCAUUAUAACGGAUUUAGGUGCUCCAUUAUCACCUACUUCUGUAAGUCAAUACUUGGUGGCUCAGUUCUCAUCUUAG